AUGAACAAGGGUAAGAUUUUUAAGCUAGCAAAGGGGUUCCAUGGAAGGGCGAAGAAUUGCAUAAGAAUAGCAAGAGAGAGGGUGGAAAAGGCAUUGCAGUAUUCCUAUCGAGAUUGUCGGAACAAGAAGCGAGACAUGCGCUCUCUCUGGAUCCAGCGGAUAAACGCUGGCACUCACCAACAUGGGGUUAAUUAUGGCAACUUCAUGCAUGGGCUUAUGAAAGAAAACAUUGAGCUGAAUAGGAAAGUUCUGUCUGAGUUAUCUAUGCACGAACCAUACAGUUUCAAGUUUUGGCUGAAUUUCAUUGUUUUUUUUAUGAUAGACUGCAUGUGA